AUGGUUAGCGUGAACCGCCACCCGGCAGGGGUCUACUGUGGGGAGUAUUCCCUCGGUCUCGUCAAGGGGCGCAUCACCGCCGGCCAAACCCCUGAUACCUUUGAUAUUUGGCUAGACGCCUUUGGUGAGAAGUACAACUGCAAGGACGAGAAAUACAUAUACAAUGAACGCACAAACCACAUGGACGUUGUGGGAGCAACCGAUCCCAAUGACUGCCUCGGGAAACUCUUGGUGCAAAAUGGGCUCCCCCUUACUGUGGUGUACUUCCCAAGGGAGGACACACUAGAGCUGGACCUGGGCAUUGCCAAGGUUGACCUUUCGCAGUGUGCGUAA